AUGAGUCACAAUCUGGCUGGAAUGCCGUCCUACAGGCUGCCAGGCCCUGGUCUAGGGCCUCCAGACUUCAAGCCACCAAUGGACACGCCGACUCCGCCGGCGCCAGCACCAAGCAACCCUAAAAAGCGAAGGAAAACUUCAAAUGCAAACAAUGCAUUAACACCUCCACAGCCACCUCCUACAGCACAAGAUCUACUGCCACCUCCUUUAACAGGAUAUGGAGAUACCAUUGUUGCUUCAAACCCUUUUGAUGACUCCCCAUCCACUGUAUCACAUAAUGGUCCCAUGAUGAGUCAAAAUGGAUCAAUGAUGAGUCAAAAUGGCCCGAUGGGUAUGAUGGGGCCAAUGCACGGUAUGGGUGGUCCACCAAUGAGGCUAAUGAGCCCACAUGGUAUGAACCCUAUGAAUCAGCAAAUGCCUCCUAGAGGCGGUAUCAGUCCAAUGGGCAAUAUGAGUCCUAUGGGACAUAUGGGUGGCAUGUCACCCAUGGGAGGCCCCAAUAUGAGUAUGAGCAACCACAGUAUGGGUCCAGGAAUGGGGCCUACUUCAAGAUCAAUGGGUAGUCCCAUGAGUCCUAUGAAUUCAAUGCCAAUGGGCUCACCAAUGUCAUCUGGACCCAUGGGAAGUCCUAUGAAUAUGGGUUCAAUGGCAGGUAGCCACAUGAGCAAUAGUCCUAUGGGUCCACCUAUGCACAGUCCUCUUGGUGCAGGAUCUAUGAAUGGGCCAAUGAAUGGUCCUAUGGGUGGUGGAGGACCGGGCAUGAAUGUUCCGCGCAUGAAUGGACCAAUGGGACCAAGUUGCUCUAAUGGUUCAAUGGGGCCUAGUAAUUCAAUAAUGUCGUCUAAUCCCAUGCAAGGUGGUGGUAUGGGGCCAGGACAUUGUGGACCUAUGAGACAUGGAAGUCCAAUGCCUUCAGGCAUGGGAAGUGGUCCAAUGGGUGGCAAUGGACCUAUGACAUCCAUGGGCCCAGGCCCACCCUACUCUAGCAGUCAUAUGGGACAUGGUGGACCAAUGGGAAUGGGAGGAAAUGGAUCGAUGGGUAUGGGACCUGGCCCAGGUAACAUGGGAAAUUGUGGCCCACUUGCUGGAAUGAGUGGCAUGGCAAUGGGUGGUCCUGGGGGGCAAGGUGUUGGUCCUAUGGGCCAGAACAUGGGUAUGUUUGGACCAAAACCUAUGCCAGUCAGUGCUGGUAAAGUGUACCCUCCAGAUCAACCAAUGGUGUUUAAUCCUCAAAACCCUAAUGCUCCCCCUAUUUAUCCCUGUGGAGUUUGUCACAAAGAAGUACAUGACAAUGAUCAAGCUAUAUUAUGUGAAUCUGGCUGCAACUUUUGGUUUCAUCGGGGCUGCACGGGUCUAACAGAGCCAGCGUUUCAGUUACUGACAGCAGAAGUGUACGCGGAAUGGGUAUGUGACAAGUGCCUGCAUUCAAAGAAUAUACCUCUGGUGAAGUUCAAACCAUAG